UCAAACAACUUUAGCACAAUUUAUCUUCGACAUUUUAUCAAACACCUUGCGUACAAUCAUUAUUUCUAAGUUUAUACACACAUACAUACCUGGUAAAUAUGAAGUUUUUCGUUGAACUUGUAUCGUGUUGUGGCUGUUCAUCGAAACGUGCACAUCACACUGAAGAGGAAGAGGAGAUCCUUGUACCUACAGCUUCUGUAGCAUCGUUCGAUAUUAACAACAUUAUUAUGUAUAAACGGAGGCGACGGAGGAGAAGAGGAUCGGCGAGAUCAGCUGGUUCAUUCCCUGAAUGGAAACCGUCUCUUUACUCCAUAUCGGAAGAUGCAGAUCAUGUUCUACCGCCGAGAAUGGUGGUAACUAAUUCCGGCAGGAAUUUGAAGAAGAAGGCCGCGGUAGAUGCUUCGCGGUCUGUCAAUCAACUCCCUCAUUAUCGUAAUGGUAAAUCCAGGUUCUCCAGGAUAGCUUGCCUUGCUGCAAUGAUUCCGGCCCCUUUCUUGAUUUGA